AUGACUAUUAUUCAGCAAACUAAACCAAACGCCUUAAUAAUUGGCACUGGAGGUGUCGGUGUCAUCGCCGCAUAUUCGCUCUCCUUCCAAAAUAAGUGCAAUGUGUCAGCAGUUGUCAGGUCAGAUUAUGACUAUUUAACCAACUCAUCAGGUUAUAACAUUACAUCAUGUGAUUAUGGCAAAGUUGAAAAUUGGAAACCAGACAAUAUUUAUAGCUCCGUGGAAAAAGCCAGUGAAGCAGGUAUAUUUUUUGAUUAUAUUGCGGUAACAACUAAAAAUAUACCUGACGGGCCAACCCCCUUGGAUAAAAUCGUUGAACCUAUUAUAAACUCUAAUAUUAUCAAUUGGGACCAUGAUUUAGAUAGAUCUACAAAUAUAGUUUUAAUCCAAAAUGGAAUUGACAUUGAACAUCAAUUAGACAAAUUUUCGAUUGAUCGUAAUACUAGGGAAAAACCAUCUGUUUGUUGUAUUUCUGGUGUUCAAUUGAUUUGUUCUACAAGAGUUGGAAAAUGUCUAAUUGAUCAUAAAAGUAAGGAUAACAUCAUUAUUGGUCCUUUUGAUCCUAAAGAUAAAUUAGCUAAUGAAAAAUCACAUGAGUUUAUUGAUUUGUAUUUCAAUGAGGGUCACAACAUGGCAGAAUUUGAUAAAGAUGUUCGUUACACAAGAUGGAGGAAGUUGAUAUACAAUGCCACAAUUAACCCCCUAACAGCUUUAGCAGAAUUAGAUUAUUCCAGGUGCUAUGAAUUUGGUGAUAAAGAAAAAAGAUCUGACUCUGGGUAUUAUAGUAGCACAGAACAAAAAAUUUUACGUCCAGCAAUGGCUGAGGUAAUGUGCAUUGCUAAAAGUGAAGGGUACGAAUUACAACAAAGCGAUAUUGAAUUCUUCUUGAAUGAAACAAAAUAUAUUUGCUACAAGCCAUCAAUGUGUGUUGAUGCUGAAAACAACCAAUUAACUGAAUUAGUAGUAUUAUUAGGGAAUCCCUUAAAAAUUGCUAAAAAGAAUGGUGUUUACACUCCCCUUUUGGAAAUGCUCUAUAAUCUAAUGGUUAUAAAACAAAACACUAUCAAAGAAAGAAGAGGUUUAAUUAAAUUUGAUGAGAAAACUUGCAAAGUUAUAGCAUAA